AUGGGCUGGAAGCGGCGCGGCGUUCCCCGAGCGGCGCGGGAGCCGUGCGAGGUGCGAGGGCGCAGCAGGAGGCUGCGAUGGAUCCGGGAGAGGUGUUACUCUGCUCCGCAGUUCCCAUCGCAGGUGGCUGCCUGGGUGGCACCGCACCAAACCUCACCACCUACACCCUGCGAGGCUGCUCUCGGGACUGAUCUGCAGGUAUGUAUCCCAAAGGGCUCCACAUGCUGCUCGAGGAAGAUGGAAGAGAAGUACCAGGCAACAGCUCGUCUGAACAUGGAGCAGCUCCUGCAGUCUGCCAGCAUGGAGCUGAAGUUCCUUGUCAUCCAGAACGCUGCAGUCUUCCAAGAAGCCUUUGAAAUCGUAGUUCGGCACGCAAGAAACUUCACCAACAGCAUGUUUAGGACCCACUACCAGAGCAUGGGGCCCAGAGCUCUGAAGUUUGUUGGAGAACUUUUUACUGAUGUCUCUCUCUACAUAUUGGGCUCUGACAUCAGUGUUAAUAACAUGAUAAAUGAAUUUUUUGACAGUUUAUUCCCUUUGGUUUACUCUCACUUGAUUAAUCCCGGCUUCCCCGAUCCCUCUGUGGAAAUGACUGAAUGCCUGAGGGCAGCCAGGAGAGACCUCAAAGUCUUUGGUAACUACCCCAAGAUGAUGAUGACGCAGGUGUCCAAGUCACUGCAGGCCACACGAGUCUUUCUGCAGGCCCUGAACCUGGGGAUUGAGGUAAUAAACACCACUGACCACUUAAAGUUCAGCAAGGACUGUGGGCGAGGGCUGCUGAAGAUGUGGUACUGCUCACACUGCCAGGGGCUGCUCCUGGCCAAGUCCUGUGCCAGCUACUGCAGUGUGGUGAUGCAGGGAUGCUUGGCAGGCAUGAUGGAGAUCGAUAAGCACUGGCGAGAGUACAUCGUGUCUCUGGAGGGGCUGACCAAAGGCAUGCAUGGCAUCUAUGACAUGGAGCACGUCCUCCUGAACCUGUUCUCCUUGGUGCGGGAUGCCAUUGUCCACGUGCAGAAGAACGAAGGAAAGCUCUUGACAACU